AUGCCCCCUCAAAGAAAAUCUUUAAGCUUGAGAGAGAAGUUCAGUUUAGUAAAAGAUGUGGAAAAUGGGAUGAAAAAUAAAGACGUGGCAAAAAAGUACGAUAUCUCGACGAGCACGGUAUCAACAAUUUUGAGAAAUCGCGAUACGGUUAUGAAGACCUUUGAAAUCGUCGGAGGAGACCGGAAGCGAUUUAAAUCCUUGAAGUUUGACAAAAUCGAUGAGGCAGUGUUGAAAUGGGUGAAAAUGGUACAAGACAAGAAUAUACCUGUGUCUGGGUCUCUCAUUAAAGAUAAAGCGACGGAAUGUGCUGCGAAUUUAGGAAUUUCGAACUUCUUGGCCAGUUCAGGAUGGCUCGAUAAGUUUAAAAAACGACAUGGCAUUCUAGAAAAGAAAAGAAUGAUCUUUUCGGAGUCAAUUGAAUAUCAGUCAGAUCCAAGAUCUGAUGACGAAGAAGUCAGUUCUCCUAAAAGGAGCAAAGCUUUUUCGAGCAAACAGACAACCGUAGGACUAGAAGAAGAUUCAAAUGAUAUUAUCACCAAGGAAGAUCGAGGAGAAUUUAUUGAAAAUCAUAGAACUAUUGUAGAAUCUCAGAGGGGUGCUGGAAAAAUCCAGACAGAUACUGGAGUAUAUCAAAGAGAUACCAGAAAAUAUUUUGGAGAUACUGAAAAAUAUCAUGUAGGAAAUAAGCAAUGCCAGAUAGGUACUGAAAAUUUUCAGGGAGAUACUGAAAAAUUUCAGAGAAAUACAGAAGACUAUCAGAUAGACGCAGAAGAAUAUAAAAAUGGUACUAAAGAAUAUCAGAUUCGUAAUGAAGAAUGCCAGAGUCAUAAUGAAGAACAUCAGAGAGGUAUUCAAAAACACAAAAGACGUUUCGUGGUUGCAUCGGUUGCUCCCAGGAAGAAACGGAGAACAGGUGGAGAUGUAAAUCCAAAACAGUGGGCGAGAAAUGCAAACUCAGCUAAAAGAAGAAUGGGCGAAAAAUACGUAGGUUUGAAGAAGCUGGAGGAUGGUAAAUACAAGCUUGUUAAUGAACGGAAAGAGAGACAGCUGCAACCCCGAUGCAACUGCAGGAAUACAAAGCGAUUUAACUGCGAAAAAAUAGUAGAAACAGAGAGGCAAAAACUUUUUCAUCACUUUUGGAAAGGCAUAGACAGUUGGGAAGGAAAAAAAGCUGUCAUUGCAUCUUUGGUAGACAAAUCAAAACCAGACUAUCGGCGUAAAACAACUAAUAUUGAGAAUUUACGUAAGAAUAUCUCAUUUAAAUAUUACCUGAAGAGGGGUGAUGAGAAGGUUAGAGUAUGUAAAACGAUGUUCUUAAACACAUUCGACCUAAGUGACAGGGCAGUCAGAUCUUGGGUCAUGAAAUCGCCUCUAAAUAGACAUAAAAUCGAAGAAAGAAAUGAAAACGACAUUGAAAAUUUUCAAUGUUGGAAUGAGUGCAGUCUUAAAAAUAUUUCAUUUUCAAGACAAGAAAUAGAAACAAGGAAUCAGAGUUCAGGGACCGUUGCCAAAGAAGCUGAAAAGAAGGAUCACAUUCCAAUCGAACCUACUGUUGAGAUCAAAGAAGAACCCACGGAUUACGCUUCGAACCCGUCCACCUCUAGCAAUAAUAUUAACGAAGAGUUCAUCCUACCUCAUGAAGAGAGCUCUUGGACAGCAUCAGAUACGGUGGUGGAACCACAGUUCACUUUAUCCGUCGCCAGUCUGUCGUCGCCAAAUGGUCCAGAAACCUCUGAUGGCGAACAGCUGAAAAAGAAGCGAAAACCCAAUCCGAACAGGGUAUCUACUACAACCACAUUUGUGCCGCCAGUAAAAAAUGGUCCUGAAAUGAGACAACAAAGUCCUGUAUACAACUUUGACGAUUUCCCGAUGCCAAGUUCUUUAUCAAAGGAACCUCCUGGCGAGUUCUCGUCACUAGGCCCUGUUUCGAAGGAGCCUCGUAAGGACCAGUUUGACGUUUUUGGCGAAUACAUUGCUGCCAAGUUGAGGAGUCUGGACCGUAGGUCGUGUGCAUUCGCUCAAAAGGCCAUUGGAGACAUUAUUUUUGAAGCAGAAAUGGGGAAAUAUCUGACUGAUGGACGCAAUCGAUCCCUGAUGACGCAGUCUUGAAGCACUGUGCUAGCUAGCAGAUGGACUAAGUGUCUCUAGUCAGUGAUUGCCAAAGAUUGCAGUAAAGGGAAGGUCCAUGAGCUUGGUUCAGAUUUUAGAAAGAAUUCCGGGAAAUUAAACAUCUUUAUAUAUAGUUUCAUUUUUCCAAAUUAUCGAUAACAAUAAAUUAAACUAAAUCAAGUAUCAUUUCUGGUGAUGAGAUAUACCAUGAUGAACAACAACUGUUGCUUAAUUUUUCACCGGAUUUCUGAAUUGCUCAUAAUAGUUUUCAUUUUAAUACAUUCGAUUAUGUUUAGGACUAUUUAACGAGCUUUUAUUGUGUACAUUGCCAUGUACAUCUUUAUGCAUCUUGAGUUGUCAUUAACUGUAAUUUUAUCGGCUCAAAUUCAUUCUGCUUAAAAAUAAAAAAGAAAUGUUGUAUUUUUCUGAUUUUGCCACAGGGUACUACUUCCUUUUGUUAUAUUUCACGUAAAAAUAGGGCAAGUUAUUUUUCGAAUCGUAAAUGAUUUUAGUUUGGAAAAAUUUGUAAUUACUUUAUAAAUAGUUUGUUACUUAUAAAAUUCACAGCUAAUUUUUUUUUUUUUUUGAAGUUCUUAAUAUUUUUUUACUAUAGAAGUUUAAAUAUUGAUGUUGCCAAAUUUUAUAUUCGUUAUUUAAUGAAUAAAAUUGUAAGUAUUCAUUCAAGAAAAUACGCUCAUUAUAUUAUGCGCCAAUUUUUAAAGUUAAUACCUUAGUAAUUUUCUUAAAAAUAAUUAAAAUUUUAUUACAGAAGUGGAAAAAGGAAGUUUAUUAAUUUUCUGUAAGUUCUGGUGAAGCUUUCUAUGCCUUUUUUUAAAAUUUUUUCU